AUGCCAAGCCGGCCUGUUACAUCAUUCGAUGCAGUAGCUGACCUUUGCUCCAAGCAUUCUCAUAGAAGGAUCUAUCCGUCGAAGAGUUCUAGCAGCUCUGGCAAAGAUGAAAAGAAGGCAGAGUCCAUCACGGGGAAGUUCGACCCUUCUGCCUUGGAGAGGGGAGCGGCAGCGCUCCGAGAAUUGGACACCUCUCCGAAUGCUGCAAAGGCCUUUGAGCUCACCAAGAUGGCGGAGCAAACGAAGCAACAGGAGCUGCAGAAGGAGAUCGAGCAGCAACAGACAAUGCGCCAGCAGGCCAUGCUUCAGCGAAACCAGAUGGACGCAGAGGAGAAGAGGAAGACAAUCUCGCAUCAGCAGGAACAGGAAAGAAGGACAGCCGAGUACAAGGCCCGGUUGGACAGCGAGCUUUACCAGAACAAGCUGGAGGAUCAACAGAAGCAGAUUGAUCAACAGUUGCAGAUGCAGCACGAACAGUUCCUCCGUCAAGAGGACAUGAGAAAGCGGAAUAACCUCGAAUUGGAGGAGGAGAAGCGACGGACACUGCAAGAGCAAGCACGUCUUGACCGAGAAGCAGCCGUUGCCAGAAUCCCUGUGCACGAAAUGCCUGACAGGCAUUUGCCCAAGUCCGGUUUGCUGCUGUUGGCGACUUGCCGCAGCAUGGCUAAAGUGAUUACAGCUCCUUCCAACAGCAUCACAUUGAUCUUCUACACAAACAAGGCUACGAUGGCUUCAAAGCUAUCCACAGAGCAGCUCCAGCUCGCAAAGUGGCGCCUGGAGCAUGGUGAGACCAUACAAGGGCGACCCUUCUAUGACGAUCCUAAGUUCACAAAAUUCUGUGAAGCAGCCAAUGCAGCCGAAGCACAGUCAAAGGCAGCGAAGGAUGGUUCCGGCCGACUCUUCGGCGAAGACUUGACACCAGAGGUAGUGGAAAAAUUUCACUUCCUGUUUGUCAACUCUUCGGAAGGCGAUAAAGAGACUUUAGAGGCUUGGAAACGGUUUUGCGACAUGCUGCGUGAGACUGAGAAGAUUCUAGGUGUGAUAGAUGCACCUCUGCGUGACACAGGAGAAAGGGCAACCCAUCAUGCUGCAGAAGCUGGCCACCUUCAGAAUUUGAAGUGGCUUCACGACAACGGAGCUGACAUCAACGCAACAACAGCUCCUGCCUUCUCAUUAUCGCCGGAUGGUGAUGUGUCAUUAGGCCUCACUCCGACCCUUGUAGCGGCAUCCUUCGGCCAGACGCAGGCACUUGAGUUCCUGAAGUCUGCGGGUUGUGAUCUGAACCUUCAACGCGGAGACGGAGCGACAGCCCUGGAUCUGGCUCUGGACCAGGGUCACGCCGACACGGCAGCUUGGCUGGAAGCGAAUGGGGCCGCUCGAGGACUGAAGUGA